AUGGUGCUACGUAGAGCAGGUGGAUCAAGUCGCCCCCCUAACAAACAGGAGUACUGGGUGGCGCUACAAAGGGCCAUGUACCGUCGACAGGCGGUCUUCGGAACAGGAUACAGGGUUCGUAUCUCGGCCACGUCCCGUGCACCGGGAUAUAGAUGGCAGCUAGUAGUUUCAGAGGCGGAUGACGCCUGGCGAGCGAUUCUCUGCUGGGGAUCCGCGGGCAGAAGGAUCGAGAUCGACCACGAAGGCAUCCCGGCGUUCUUGUCAAACCUCCAGGUCCGCGCCGGCAUCGAGUCCUCGAGUCCUAGGUUCAGACAGCUCAACAUCGCAUCCUUUGGUCACAGGGUUGUGAGAUACGAACCUCUAACAACUUUCGUGACAACGAUAGUAGUGAGGGUAAUUAUUUUGGGAGUGACGAAGACGAAGGAUAGGGAAAGGGAAGAAAGGAGGACGAAGACGUUCAUGGAGCAGGAAAAUAUGGAGGAGUGGAAGAGAGCAAAGGGUUUGAGCCAGAUGACCUUCCCCACAACAAGAAACGUAGGGCUAGGGAAGAACUGCCCAGAGAUUCUUCUUGUCGAAA